GUCAAGCUUUCCAUGGCAGAGCCCCCGAAACCCAGCAAACCCAGGGCACCCUGGAGGCGAGCAGGGUGUUCCCUGGCAUGGGCCUCCGCUGUGACUGUGACCAGGGGGGGGGCUGUGGUUCUUGCCCCCCUGGGGGACCCGUCGGCUCCCACGCCCCCCUCGCCAGAUCGUCCACGCGAGGGGACCCCAAGGGUCGUGCCAAGGGAUUGGGCUCCCCGAGUCGUGGCUGGCAGGCAGCCGGCGGCUCCUCUUGAUGAGGAGAGGGUGGGGCAGAGGGGAGGACCACUUCCUCGGGGACCCCGACGUGCUGCACGCCGCCGCCCUGGCCAUGGGCAUCGCCGCCAUCGGCCUGGGCAAGCGGCUGCCGCAGCUGCUCGCCGCGGUGUCCGCCACGACCCUGGGCAUCUACGUCGGCCUGGUCGUCCAGAACCGGCAGCACUUCGACGAGCCCGUGUUCGGCACGGUGGACCUCCCUGAUGGCGUCUGGCUCCCCAUCGUCUUGGGCGUGGUGGCCGGGGCCGCGGCGGGGGUCCUGGCCUACCUCACCUGGAGAAUGGCCCUGGUGCUCCUGACCGGCGGCGUCGUCAUGCUGCUGGCUCUGGCGAUAUGCCGCCUGUUCAACGUCCCGCCCGAGCGCAUCUUCAGGAUCGGCGCCUCCCUGCUGUCCGCAUACCGCGUCGUGGGCGCCGUCAUGCUGAUCGUGGCCAUCAUAGGUUCCGUGUUCUUCGUGAGGCGCUUCCACAAGGGCAUGGUCAGCUUCGCCUCCGCCAACCUUGGCACGCUGCUGCUGCUCUCUGGCGUCUCCUACUUCGCGCAAAAGGCCGGGGCGGAGGCACCCUUCAGCCUGCUGGACGACCUGGCGCGCAUCCUCUCGGAGGUGAGGGGCGGCCGCUGCCACCUGUGGGAGGCCUCCGCGGACGGCCAGGCCGCGGGCGAGGCGGCGGCGCCGCCGAGCCGGCUCCUGCGGCGGCUGCGCGAGCUGGGGGACGACCCCGGCCUCCACGGCUGCGACUGCGCGGCGCAGUGCAGGUCGGAGAUCUCCGCGUGGAUAGCGAGCACAGUCGCGGUCCUCGCGGGGCGGCGCCUCCUGUCACGGCAGGAGCGCAGGCGGAAGGAGAAGAAGAGGGAGAAGAAGCAGGAGGAGAACCAGCCGCUGGCCAGGAGCCCUGCCGCGCAGUCGGACGCCUCGCCCGAGGCGAGCGUGAUCGGGAACCGGGCCUGA